AAAAAAAGAAGAACGAAGUGAAGAAUCUCAAUUUCUCAAUCUCAAAAAUUAUAAGAAACUAGAAGCUAGUAGAAAUUCAUUUUUUUUUAUAAUUCAAUCUUCAAAUUAACGUAGCCGGUUGUCAACAAACAUUCAAUUUAGCGGUACCUUCCUUCAAAUACGAAAAUGUUGCAACCGCAAAUUAUCCUCUUUAAAGAAGGCACGGAUACCUCGCAAGGUAAACCUCAGUUGUUGUCGAACAUCAACGCUUGCCAGACGAUAGUCGAAGCAGUACGUACUACAUUGGGCCCCCGUGGUAUGGAUAAGCUCAUAGUCGAGAGGAGUAUAGGCAAAGCGACUAUAUCGAACGACGGGGCGACGAUUCUGAAAUUGCUAGAAGUAAUCCAUCCGGCUGCGAAGACUUUGGUGGAUAUAGCCAAGUCUCAAGAUGCGGAAGUAGGCGAUGGCACUACGAGCGUUGUAUUGCUCGCCAGCGAGUUUUUGAAGCAGAUGAAGCCUUAUAUAGAAGAGGGCGUUCAUUCGAGAACCAUCAUCAAGGCAGUGAGGAAGUCUUUGAACCUUUGCUUGGAAAGACUGAACGAAUUGGCUAUUAAAAUAGACAAAUCGAACGUAGCCGAGUUUAGAUCCGUGUUGGAGAAAUGCGCCGUAACAACUAUGAGCUCGAAAUUAAUCAACCAACAGAGAUCGUUCUUCUCUAAAAUGGUCGUUGACGCUGUUUUGCUGCUCGAUGAUUUAUUACCCGUGAAAAUGAUUGGCAUCAAAAAAGUGAAAGGAGGCGCUCUCAAAGACUCCUUUAUAAUCCCCGGGGUAGCUUUUAAGAAAACGUUUUCGUACGCUGGCUUUGAAAUGCAACCGAAAGUCUACAAAAAUUGCCGAAUCGCUUUGCUCAACAUUGAAUUGGAACUGAAAGCCGAAAGAGACAACGCUGAAGUCAGGGUAGACAACAUUCAGGAGUAUCAGAAAAUAGUUGAUGCCGAAUGGAAUAUUUUGUACAGAAAACUACAAAAAAUCUACGAGUCCGGAGCUAACAUUGUUCUGUCGAAAUUCCCCAUCGGAGAUGUAGCUACUCAAUAUUUCGCAGACAGGGACUUGUUCUGUGCCGGUCGAGUACCAGAGGAGGACAUGAAGAGAACAUUAAAAGCCUGCGGAGGAGCUGUAUUAUCUACUGUCGAGGAUUUGAACGAUUCGGCUCUAGGAAAAUGCGAAGUAUUCGAGGAGAAGCAAAUCGGAAACGACAGGUACAAUUUAUUCAGAGGAUGUCCGAAUUCGAAAACGUGCACCAUUAUUCUACGAGGGGGAACGGAACAAUUCCUCGAAGAAACUGAAAGGUCCUUGCACGACGCCAUAAUGAUUGUCAAAAAAACGAUCAAGAGCGUCGCUGUCGUCGCGGGCGGAGGGGCCAUCGAAAUGGAGCUGUCGAAGUAUUUGAGAGAUUAUUCCAGGACGAUUGCUGGUAAAGAGCAGCUCUUGAUCGGCGCCAUUGCCAAAGCUUUGGAAGUGAUUCCGAGGCAAUUGUGCGACAACGCCGGAUUCGAUUCGACGAACAUAUUGAACAAGCUCAGACAGAAGCACGCUCAGGGACAUUGUUGGUACGGAGUGGAUGUCAACAAGGAGGAUAUCAGCGAUAAUUUUGCAGCUUGCAUUUGGGAGCCUGUUAUCGUUAAACAGAAUGCACUGACCGCUGCUACGGAAGCUACUUGUCUCAUUAUCUCCGUCGAUGAGACUAUUAGAAACGAGAAAAGUGCAGAGCCACCUAUGGCAGGAGGUCGUGGGUUCGGGAGACCUAAUUAAUGAUUGUUUUUUUUUCUGGUUGUUCGUUAAUUUUUUCAAAUAAAUUUUCUCUUUUGAAUUAAUGAA